AUGGUGGACAAAAGUGAUAAGAAACAACAGAAUACUGACGAACAAUCGCAGAUAAAUGCUGAAAAGCAGACUCCUAAUAAGAAGGAUAAAAAAAAGGAGGAAGAGGAGCAACUAUCCGAAGAGGAUGCAAAGCUUAAAACAGAUCUAGAUCUUUUAGUCGAAAGGCUGAAAGAAGACGAUUCAUCUUUAUAUGAAGCGUCUUUGAACGCCUUAAAGGAAUCAAUUAAAAAUUCUACGAGUUCUAUGACCGCGGUUCCAAAACCUUUGAAAUUCCUUCGUCCGGCAUAUCCAGACCUAUGUUCUAUCUACGAUAAAUGGACAGAUUCGAACUUGAAGUCCUCUUUGGCGGAUGUCUUGUCCAUUCUGGCCAUGACAUACUCUGAAAAUGGUAAGCACGAUUCAUUGAGAUAUAGAUUGCUCUCCAACAUUUCUGAUUUCGAAGGGUGGGGUCAUGAGUACAUCCGUCAUUUAGCUUUAGAAAUCGGCGAAGUAUAUAAUGAUCAAGUGGAAAAAGACGCUGAGGAUGAAACAUCCUCUGAUGGAUCUAAAAGUGAUGGAUCUGUGGUUAAUACCGGUUUCGAAUUUCCCAAGGAAGAUACUCUACGUCUAUGUUUAGACAUUGUCCCAUACUUCUUGAAACACAAUGGUGAAGAAGACGCUGUAGACUUACUUUUGGAAAUUGAGUCGAUUGAUAAGCUACCUCAAUUCGUCGAUGAGAAUACUUUUCAAAGAGUUUGUCAAUAUAUGGUUGCGUGUGUUCCACUUUUGCCACCUCCUGAAGAUGUCGCCUUUUUAAAAACCGCAUAUUCUAUUUAUCUAUCCCAGAACGAACUUACAGACGCUGUUGCCUUGGCAGUUAGGCUAGGAGAAGAAGAUAUGAUCAGAUCUGUUUUUGAUGCUACCAGCGAUCCAGUAAUGCAUAAACAAUUAGCUUACAUUUUAGCAGCACAAAAGACAUCGUUUGAGUAUGAAGGUGUCCAAGAUAUAAUUGGAAACGGUAAAUUGUCUGAACACUUUUUAUAUCUUGCUAAAGAAUUGAACUUAACCGGUCCGAAAGUUCCAGAAGACAUUUACAAGAGCCAUUUGGAUAGUUCUAAAUCUGUAUUCUCAAGUGCCGGCCUAGAUUCUGCUCAACAAAAUUUGGCUUCAUCAUUUGUCAACGGGUUCUUAAAUUUGGGUUAUUGUAACGAUAAAUUAAUUGUGGAUAAUGAUAAUUGGGUAUAUAAAACAAAAGGUGACGGUAUGACUUCCGCAGUAGCUAGUAUCGGAUCUAUAUACCAAUGGAAUCUGGAUGGUUUGCAACAGCUGGAUAAGUAUUUAUACGUUGAUGAGCCAGAAGUUAAAGCCGGUGCGUUAUUAGGUAUCGGUAUUUCCGCUUCCGGUGUGCAUGAUGGCGAGGUUGAACCAGCUUUGUUACUUUUGCAGGAUUAUGUUACUAACCCAGACACUAAAAUUAGUUCAGCAGCUAUACUUGGCCUGGGUAUCGCAUUCGCUGGUAGCAAGAAUGACGAAGUUUUGGGUUUGUUACUACCAAUUGCCGCAUCCACUGAUUUACCUAUUGAAACUGCAGCUAUGGCUUCUCUAGCUUUAGCUCAUGUUUUUGUUGGUACCUGUAAUGGUGACAUCACAACUUCUAUCAUGGACAACUUUUUAGAGCGUACACCUAUUGAAUUGAAGACCGACUGGGUAAGGUUUUUGGCACUUGCAUUAGGUAUUCUUUACAUGGGCCAAGGUGAACAAGUAGAUGAUGUUUUAGAAACUAUUAGUGCCAUCGAACAUCCAAUGACAUCAGCAAUUGAAGUAUUAGUUGGAUCAUGUGCUUAUACAGGUACAGGUGAUGUUCUGUUAAUUCAAGAUUUGUUGCAUCGUCUAACUCCUAAAAACGUAAAAGGUGAAGAGGAUGCAGAUGAAGAAGAAGGUGCUGACGGACAGACCAAUAGCAUAAGUGAUUUCUUGGGUGAGCAAGUGAACGAAACUGCCAAGAACGAAGAAGCUGAGGUUGAAGUCGAUGAAAUGGAGGUUGAUGCUGAAGGAGACGAAGUUGAAGUCAAGGCAGAAGUAACGGAGAGGAAGGAUGGAGGGGAUUUAGAAGGAGAAGAGAUAAAAACUGAAGAAGAGAAGGGAAAAUCUUCCGAUAAGGAUGCUACUACAGAUGGAAAGAAUGAUGACGAGGAAGAAGAAAAAGAAGCAGGUAUAGUCGACGAACUCGCAUAUGCCGUUUUGGGUAUUGCUUUGAUAACCCUUGGUGAAGAUAUUGGCAAAGAAAUGUCUUUACGUCAUUUUGGUCAUCUAAUGCAUUAUGGUAAUGAACACAUCCGUCGUAUGGUGCCUUUAGCAAUGGGUAUUGUCUCUGUAUCUGAUCCUCAAAUGAAGGUUUUCGAUACUUUAACUCGUUUUUCGCAUGAUGCUGAUUUAGAGGUUUCAAUGAAUUCAAUUUUUGCCAUGGGUCUAUGUGGUGCCGGUACUAACAAUGCAAGGCUAGCUCAACUAUUAAGACAGUUGGCAAGUUAUUAUUCACGUGAACAAGAUGCUUUGUUUAUCACGAGACUAGCACAAGGAUUAUUGCAUUUAGGUAAGGGUACUAUGACAAUGGAUGUAUUCAAUGAUGCACACGUUUUAAAUAAGGUCACAUUAGCAUCAAUAUUAACCACCGCAGUUGGUUUGGUAUCGCCAAGUUUUAUGUUGAAGCAUCACCAGUUGUUCUACAUGUUGAAUGCCGGUAUAAGGCCAAAGUUUAUUCUAGCAUUAAACGAUGAAGGAGAACCAAUAAAGGUUAAUGUGCGCGUUGGUCAAGCAGUGGAAACUGUUGGUCAAGCAGGUAGGCCAAAAAAGAUUACUGGUUGGAUCACACAAUCUACUCCUGUCUUACUAAAUCAUGGCGAAAGAGCAGAACUAGAAACUGAUGAAUAUAUUAGUUAUACGAGCCAUAUUGAGGGCGUAGUAAUUUUAAAGAAGAACCCUGACUAUCAUGAAGAGGAGUAA